CACUUAAGAUGCCGAGUGUUUUAAUUUGGUUAUUAAAAUUGUUCCCUCAUCACUUUGGGUUGGAUUGAGCACCAAGGAGGAAGAAGAGAGAGAAAUUGAUUUACCCGCGACUCUUUCUUUCUCUACCUUUUGUUUUCCUCUUUCUCGCCUUCCUUUCUUUUCUCUCUGUUUUUCUCUUUCUUUCAGUUGUCUCGGUGUUUUUUUCCUCUUCCACUGUUGUUGAAAGAGAGAAGGAGAGACUGAGAGAGAAACUGAGAGAAUAAUCAAAAAGGUAAUUGUGUUUUUUGUGACCUUUCAUGUUAAUCUUCGGUAAUUCAAAUAGACAGAUAGUGAACUUGGUUUUUUAAUCCAUCAUGACCACAAAUUGUAGCGCGCAAGUGGCAGAAACUGCUGUUAGUCCGAACCAGGAUAAAGCUGAAGAGGAAUCGAUUGAGAUUAGUAAUGAUCAUAGUAACAAUCAAAAUUGUGAUAAUGCUAAUGGUAAUUAUGGAAGUGAUAAUGUAAUAAUCCCUGAAACGAGUAAACCACCACCAUCACCAUCCAAUGGUAAAUGUAAAUUAACUAAAGAGCCAACCGCGGAAACUUAUACUGACCAUACUGGUACUGAUUUGAUGCAAUUUCUUACGGAUACUUUGCAAAACAAUCCCAAAGAUCGGGUUCAUUUGCUCAAAAUAGAGAAACAAUUGACUGACCUGGUCAAAGAUCCUAAACGAAGUCAACAUAAAUUUGGACCCAUGUCCUCGUACCAUAGGAUGUUGGUUCAUCGGGUAGCGGCUUUUUUCGGUAUGGAUCAUAAUGUAACCAAUGUUGAUAAUUCUGUUAUUGUUUCUAAAACACGGACAACUCGAUUACCUGAGUUCAAGUUUAGCGAGCAGAUUAAAAAUACUUCUAAGCCAGAGUCGAAUGAGCCUGUAAGGUCAAUCAUUAAAAGAGACUCGUCAUCAUUGGAUAAACUCUCCGAAAAGGGUUAUCUUAACGACAAAUCUCCCGAUCGUCGAGGUAACACUUUACAUUUGGUCGAAAGCCGUCGAAGUAAAUCGUUAGAAGAAAGAGAAGAAGAAUACGAGAAAGCGAGAGCUCGAAUUUUCAAUCAAGAAUCAACUUCUUCAACCGAAACCCCAAGUGAUGCUUGUGCCAACUCUUCGGCCACCGAUGAUUCAGUGGCAACCACUAGUAGUGGCAUUGUGGUGUCAACUAGUGCAACUAAUUCUAGUCUCAGUGUUUGCAAUGAAGAUCUCAAAUCAGGUAGUAAUUGGUCAUCAACUGGUUCGAGAUUAUGGAGCAGCACAGAAUCCGAAGGCUCAAAUAAACCAAGAUUCCUGCGUCUUCAAAGACAGAAAAGAUUACCCGAUAGCUUUGAUUCUGAUUCCUCCAGAGCUUCUUUCACAACUUCCUCGUCAUUAUCUUCAGCCAGUGGAAUGUUUUUGAACAAUUCAGCGGUGACCAGCACUGGGCCACAAGCACAAUUAUCUCCUCCACCGUCAAUUGGAUGUAAUAAUGGGAUCAUGAAUCAUAGUCAAUCUUUUCCUUAUACAGUCAAUCAAGUCUCGCUACCUCUAACUCACAGUAAUAGCGGUCAAGUUGCGACUGCUUCUGAUUUUAGGUACACAACUCCAGUGCAAGUGCCACCAAGUGUUCCUAUGUAUGUUAGUCCCCAUGGAGGUGCCUUUGCUCCCAAUCAAUUCAAUGGAGCUCGUCCCAUGCCACCUUCCCACCAAUUAAAUGGCACUCGACCGAUGCCACCACCUCACCAAUUGAACGGAGCUCGUCCCAUGCCAACUCCUCAACACUUGAGCGGAGCCCGACCGAUGCCACCUUCUCAUCAAAUGAAUGGAGCUCGUCCUAUGCCUCCUUCCCACCAAUUGAACGGAACCAGACCUAUGUCGACACCUCACCAAUUGAACGGAGCUCGUCCCAUUCAACCUCCCCACCAGUUGAAUGGAGCUCGACCCAUACCACCUCCCCACCAAGCUCAGAUUAUCCCAUCAUCUUAUACACCACAAAAUCCUGUUCAUCAUCCAGUUCCUUUGUUUUUUGUAUUCAACUUUCAAAAAAACGACUCAAAUUCUUUAACUGAAACCCCAAGUGAUGCUUGUGCCAAUUCUGCAACUACUGGUGAUCCAUUGGCAACCACUAGUAGCGGCAUCGUGGUGUCAACUGCAAAUAGUUCUAGUCCCAACUGUUGCCAUGAAGAUCUCAAACAAGGUAGCAAUUGGCCAUCCACUGAUCCAAGAUUAUGGAAUAGCACAGAAUCCGAAGGCUCAAAUUCAAAUAGACCAAGGUUUCUGCGUCUUCAAAGACAAAAACGAUUACCUGAUAACUUUAAUUCUGAUUCCUCCAGAACUUCCUUCAUAACAUCUCCAUCAAUAUCCUCCGCCAAUGGGAUGUUCCUUAGUGGUUCAACAGUGACCGGCACUGGACCACAAACACAAUUAUCGUCGCCCCCGCCAUCAAUUAGCUGCAAUAAUGGAAUGAUGAAUCACAAUCAAUCUUUUCCGUAUACAAUCAAUCACAUGUCGCUACCACAAGCUCACCAUAGUAGUGGCCAAUUAGCGACUGCUACUGAUUUUAGGUACUCAACUCCAAUGCAAGUGCCACCAAGUAUUCCUAUGUACGUUAGUCCCCAUGGAGGUGCCUUUGCUCCCAAUCAAUUUAACGGAGCUCGUCCCAUGCCACCUCCCCACCAAGCUCAGAUUAUCCCAUCGCCGUAUUCACCACAAAAUCCAGUUCAUCGUCCGAUUCCUUUGUUUUUUGUAUUCAACUUUCAAAACAAACGGUACCAUUGAAGGUCAAAAUUUUAGGAACUCAUUUAAAUAAAGGAAUCAACAAAUCAAAUCUAAGAAAAAGAAACAAAAGCAAAUUAUAACGGAAGGAAAAGAUUAAGAUUCGAUCCAAUAAAUUUUGAUGAACUUAAAGAUUGACAAACAAUUUCCUAACCAAUUACAACUUCAAACUGGAUUCAUUUCGAAUUAUCUUUUUUUCUUUGCAAUUUUUCAUCUAUUGAUUGAAUAUCAAUCAAAGAGUAAAAACUAUUACAAUAAUAAUAAUAUAAAGUCGAAGUCGCAAUCAGAUCACUAAUAGAUACAAGCUAAUUGUGAUUAAGAAUUGAUUCUCAUUCUCUUUCCCUAUUGUGACGUAGCUCAGUCUAAAACUUGUCAAGUCAAUUAAACUUGUCACUUAAUUUGAUUGUUUCUUUUUUUUGUGAUACCAUCAGAAAAAAUCAAUUUCCCAUUCAACAAAAUGAAAAAUCAUAGAGAUAAUGAUCUGUUGAUUGUAAUGCUGCAAUUUAUUGGUUAAAAACUAAAUUAUAAAACACUGUUAAUUUA